UCAAGCUUGCCCUGUCGCUGCAUGCCCCGAACCAGGCCCUUCGAGAGAAGAUAGUCCCCUCAGCCAAGGCUUGGAGUAUUGACGAGUUGAUGGCAGCAGUGGAUGAGUACUCUGAGGCCAGUCGGGUAGCUGGACGGCCCGAUGGUAGUGGUGGGGGCGGGCGGAAGAAGGGUAGUGUUAUGAUAGAGUACGUUGUGAUAAGGGAUGUCAAUGACACUGAGGAAUGCGCCCACCAGUUGGGAGUACUUAUGAAGAAUCGCAAGGCUGUAGUGAAUUUCAUCCCUUACAACGCGGUUGAUAACGGUAGCAACUUCGAACCACCCCUAGAGUCUUCGGUCACCCGGAUGGUCUCUAUCCUCAAGGACGUGUAUGGCGUUAGAGUGUACUACCGGCGGCAUCAUGGCCGAGACAUUGAUGCGGCAUGCGGUCAGCUCGCCAAGAAGAGGCCUCGUAUGGUACCCGAUUUAGAGGACCUUGGCACGGCUUGGGCAGCUGGGCCGGGUACCGUGGUCCAGCCUAUUCUCGGAGCAGGAGGAGAAGGGUAUAAUAAGGCAAGACUUGCUCUG